AUGAGCCUCGAGAGGCCCCUCCGCGGCGGCUGCCAGUGCGGGCGCAAUCGAUACAUCAUCGAACGGCCCCAAAACGCUUCACAGCUCGCACAGGUCCUUUUCGACACCGGUUCAUCUCACAGCUCUGGAGCACUCGCGGCUGACGCACUUCUCGAAUCAGGAACUUCGCUAGCUUCACCACUCGCGGCCUUCAUUCGGGUGCCCCUCGAAUGGUACCACAGCACGACUUUUGCCUUCUUCCCAGACGAGACCAACGCUACGAUCCGGAAAGUCUAUACCCACCCGUCGGAGCAGCAUGCAAAGCGUCACUUUUGCGGCUUCUGCGGAACGCCGCUCUCCUACUGGUCCGAGCAGCCCCGGAGCGAGGCCGACUUCAUCAGCCUCACCCUCGGGAGCCUGUGCAGAGAAGACCUGGGAGACCUGGAGGACAUGGGCCUGAUCCCCGACAGGGAAUCGCCGACCCCUCCCGUCCAAGAGGAGACGUCGUCAACGUCGCAGCCGGGCCCGGUGGUCGUGCACGAGUCGCGCGGGGUGCCGUGGUUUGACAGCAUGGUCGAGGGCAGCCAGCUGGGCAAGCUGCGCACUAGCAAGGGCAGCGGCCACAGCAGAGAUGGCAUGGUAACCUACGAGUGGGAGGUGGUAGAGUGGACGGCCGACGACGAGCUCGACGCCCCAAGCCCGGCUAAGAAACAGCGACAGGACACGGGCGACGAGGACGCGGCUAUGGAGGGCUCGAGCCGCUAA